UGGGCUGCAGAACUACAGUAUAACAGUCUGACGAAUUUUCAAAUGAAUCCCCUCCCCCAGUUUGUUCAAUUACAUCAUGGAUGAGCUAUCUGGCAGAGCAAGUCCGUGCUAAAACUGGGUGGAUGCUUGCAAAGUUGUUUGGAGGACAUGUAAGAUACAAAUCGAUUCACAAUCUUGUUUAUAUUCUCCAUUUUUGACUUUACCAAAAGAGCUGCUGGACCUCUACUUUGCAUUGCAACGCCAAUCUCAUUCCCCUGGAAAUCCAUGGAAAUUCCCUACAACAAAAAAUCUGGCCCCAUCUGCUCUGUUUGCAGGCACAGCUGCAUCAUGCAUCAGUUACUGGCUGUUUGCCUGCUGUCUCUGUUCUCUGUGCUGACUGCAGACUUGUCCAAGAAGGGCCGCAACUUCACUAUCUAUUCAUCACAGCUUAGCUGCAGUUUGCCAGGCCCUAAGGGUCCUCAAGGGAGUCCAGGUGCAGCAGGCCCCAGUGGUAACAUAGGCAAGAUGGGGAUGCCAGGUGUUGAUGGCCAGGAUGGGAAGGAUGGUGACAGUGGAGAGAAGGGAGAGAAAGGUGAACAGGGUCGUCCUGGGAACCCUGGAAAAUAUGGACCACAAGGACGCCCAGGACUUGUUGGGAAGGCAGGACCACGAGGCCUUAAAGGGGUGCGAGGGGCACCUGGUGUGUCUGGAGUCCCUGGGAUAAAAGGAGAGAUGGGAGAUGUGGGGGAAACGGGUGCUGCAGGAGGCUGUGCCUGUGGAGCAGAGGCACGAUCUGCUUUCUCAGUAGCGGUAACCAAGAGCUAUCCCAAGGAACACACGCCCAUUCGUUUUAACCGUAUUUUAAUGAACGAGGGUAACCAUUACAAUGUCACCAGUGGCAAGUUUAACUGUGUGAUUCCUGGUGUGUAUUACUUCACAUAUGACAUCACGUUGGCUAACAAACACCUGGCAAUCGGGCUUGUCCAGAAUGGCCAGUACAAGAUCAAAACAUUUGAUGCCAACACAGGAAACUAUGACGUGGCCUCAGGAUCAACAAUACUUAGACUGCAAAAAGGAGACCAGGUCUGGCUUCAGAUCUUUUAUUCAGAACAAAAUGGACUGUUUUUUGAUCCAUUCUGGACGGACAUCUUCACAGGAUUUCUCAUUUUUGCUGAUCAGGCUACUUGAAAUGAGGUAAAGACCAAUUCUGGAUCAUCCUGAUUGAACGUUUUUAUUUUUUUUUUGUAUACAUAUUAUCAAAUGGCCCACAAUAACCUGUGUUUACAAAUAUUUUAUAUGAAAAUAUAAAUAAUACAUUUAAAAUAUAAAAAAAUGCUGCCUUAUAUAAAUAAUACUAAAAUAACACUGCUCAUCAGAUUUGUUACGAGAAAAAAAAUUGAAUAUUUUAAUUGAAUAAAUGCCUUUUACAUAAAAUCAAUCAACACAGAUUU